GGUUGGCACAGUCAUCUCUUAGUUCUCACUGUUGCGAGUUCUGGUCCGGUGUCCAGCAAGCGCUCCAAGUGUCUCUCUUUGUUCUCACACGUGAAAGAAAUUUAAAAAAAUGAAAGUGUUCGUUGUGUUGUCCGCCCUCGUGGCUUUCGCUGCUGCUGCCCCAUCAGGCGCUGCCAUCCUUGCCGCCCCCGCAUUGUACGCUGCCGCCCCCCUCGUCAGUCAAUACCACUCACAGGAUGAAUUGGGACAAUACUCAUAUGGCUACAGCGGUGGCCCAUCUGCCAAGACUGAGACCAAGACCUUCGAUGGAAUCACCCGCGGUGCCUACAGCUACAUCGAUGCCAAUGGUCAGCUCCAGUCCGUUGAAUACACAGCCGAUCCUCUGAACGGUUUCCGUGCCGCUGCUACCAACCUUCCAGUUGCCCCUGUUGACACAAACGUCGCCCCCGAACCCGUCAAGGACACCCCCGAAGUUGUGGCUGCACGUGCUCAACACCUGGCUGCCAUUGACGAAGCCAAGAUCAAGAGCGCCGAACUGCCCGUUGUGGAAACCAAAAUCCUCAAGGAGGCCGAACCCAUUGCCCCUGUGACCCGCCUUGCCACCCCCAUUGCCCCAAUUGCCCCACUGGCUGCCCCUCUGGCCGCUCCAGUUGCCCCUCUGUACCUGAGGGCAUCUGAAACCAUCCCAGCUCGCUUCGGCUAUGCCUAUCAAGCCCCUGCCUACUACAACUACGCUGCUCCCUACAGCGCCUUCGCCUACUCUGCCUUCCCAAGCACCUACAUUGCUCGCCCCUGGGCCAUCCCAGCUGCUGUGGCACCCUUCGCCCCCAUCCCAGCCGACACCCCUGAAGUCGCCAAGGCGAAAGAGGAACACUUUGCCGCCGUCGUGGAGGCCAAGUCGCGUGCCGCCCAGUAAAUAUAUAACACACAAUGACUGAAUGCUGACCAAGGUUCCCCUAUCCCGGAGUCCCAGAGUCAACGAAUCUCUCCACAAAUCUUCUUUCCGGCCACACAACUCACCAACAUUGAGACAAAACAGAGAACAUAUUCGAAAUUUUAUGAGUUUAUACUGCCAAGACGAAUAAAUAUCCGUACAGUUUAAUGUGUAGAGAAAA